CGUCGGCGUGUACUGCGGCCUCUCCCGCUGCUUCUGGUACCCUCCCAGCCCGGACCGGAGCGCGCCCCCGCGAGUCAUGGCGACGAAGGCCGUGUGUGUGCUGAAGGGCGACGGCCCGGUGCAGGGCACCAUCUACUUCGAGCUGAAGGGAGAGAAGACAGUAGUAACGGGAACCAUUAAAGGACUGGCUGAAGGUGAUCAUGGAUUCCAUGUCCAUUUUGGAGAUAAUACACAAGGCUGUACCAGUGCAGGUCCUCACUUCAAUCCUGAAUCCAAAAAACAUGGUGGGCCAAAGGAUCAAGAGAGGCACGUUGGAGACCUGGGCAAUGUGACUGCUGGCAAAGAUGGUGUGGCCACUGUGUACAUCGAAGAUUCUGUGAUCGCCCUCUCGGGAGACCAUUCCAUCAUUGGCCGCACAAUGGUGGUCCAUGAAAAACCAGAUGACUUGGGCAGAGGUGGAAAUGAAGAAAGUACAAAGACGGGAAAUGCUGGAAGUCGUUUGGCCUGUGGUGUAAUUGGGAUCACCCAGUAAACAUUCCCUCAUGCCAUGGUCUGAAUGCCAGUAACUCAUCUGUUAUCUUGCUAGUUGUAGUUGUAGAAAUUUAACUUGAUAAACAUUAAACACUGUAACCUUA